AUGAAGGAUAACCGCUGGAACACCGUUGCUUUUCUACUCCUGCGCACAUCACAGCUCGUGCUGGGGGUGAUCAUACUAGGAAUAACCGCUUACUUCGUAGCUAAUUACGACGAAUGGUAUCUCCCUUACCCUCACCUCUCAUCAAACAGAACAAUACCUAACCGCAAGAAUAGGUACGUGGGCUUCACCCUCGCUGUCGGCGGCUUAACCCUAGCUUGGAUAGCCGCAGCCCUAAGUCUCUUUUACACGAACAACCUUUUCCCUCUCGCCACGAUCAUCGUGGACGUGCUCCUAGCAAUAGCCUACAUCGUCUCCAUCGCGACAAUCGCAGAUGACAACCCCGACACCAUCACCGGCUCCUGCACCUACUACAGUUAUUGGACCUCAUACACAUACGUUUCCAAGGACUGCAAUACACUGAAGGGCCUAUUUGGCAUUCUGAUCCUGGAGAUGUUGACGUUUAUCGGAGCGAUUAUCUGGGACGGCAUAGUCCUGUACCAGAAUCGCGAUGGGGGGCCUGGGGAUACGGAAGCCGCUCCGCAGAAUCCCAUGCACGGUGGUGGGCAGAUGGCCCCGGCAGGGGGAAUGUAUGGGAUGCCAAAGCCCAUGAUGGGCGCGACAAACGGCGAAAAUUAUGGGCCGCAGACCUUUUUGCCACAGUACCAGCCGACGAAUUCCCCGAUUUAUCCGGCUCAGGUUGCAUCACCGACUUCCCCGUAUGGCGCUUACGCGCCGCCACCAACCAUGCCGCAGCAGGCCGUCAUGAUGCCGCAUCACCAACAUCAGCAAAUCCACCAGGUUCAGCAGCAGCAACACCAGCACCAACAACAGUCCCCGCAUCAGCACCAGGAGCAGAAGCAGCCUUCGGAGUUGGGUGGAGUGUAUUGAUGGAAUCUCCCUUUGUUGUGAUUUUACGACUUUUUGCUCACGAAAAAGGUUGGGUUUCGUUAUUUUCGUCCUGUGUGUCACAUUUUUCACCCGUCAGGUUUUUGGCCUGUGCGGCUAUUUUGCUUCCUGAGAUUCAUGAUAAUGCGGCUGUUUGUUUGCUUGUCCCGUUUGCUUUCCUGUCAGAUUUCGCGCGCGUUGUGGGGUGACUGGUUGUGUUUGCUUAAAAAGGCUCGAAUCAGCUUUAGUCUGACUCUGUCUGAGUAUCACUAUAUGCCUGUUCCCGGGUUGAGAACCUCUCUUUCCUCUACGGGGUUGAUCCCGGUGGCUGGGGUCAUAGGUGGUCACCCAUUGUAAUCAGUUUACCCACUAAUUUAGCUCUGGGUGGUGGUGGAACGGUACAGUAGCAAUCUGAUAAACUAUCA